GUUCAAAUGAUGAUUACUCGGACAGUUAGUUUAUCAAUGUUCCCAUCGUGAUUCAUGUUAACCCCGCAAUAAAGCUUGAGUGUGUGUGUGAGUGCAUAUUGCACAAGUGCGCAUGUGUUGAUCGGGGGUGGUUUGGUAAGGUAGGGUCGAGGAAGGGGUGGUCACCCUAGAUAACACGAUUGGAAAACUCUAGGGCGGUGCAAUGAAUCCGGUAACGAGAAUAUGAUUUUGUUUUCUCUAACGCUUUUCGAUGUGGAGAAGUAACUGCAAUAUUUGUGUCAUGGCCACUCUGAGCUGAACAAUAGCAAGGGGUAGGAAAGAUGUGAAUAUAACUAGGUUCAUUUAGAAUUUUGAUUGCGUUUGUCUAAUAUAGUUUGUCAGAGCCAUAUGAUUUUUCAUAUGCUAAUGUUAAACGUUAGUGCACAUGGGUUACAAGCAAAAUAACAUAUUUUUUAUAAAAUUGAUGCCUUCAUAAUAAUUUCUCAUUAAAUAAAUUUUCUCAAUUGAUAUAUAAAUGUGAGCUUUAACGUGCUUUUCUCCUAUACGGCUAAAUUUAUUAUAUAUUAACUACUUUCGAAUGCAUUUACAGGUACGAAAUAGUAGUAGCAAAAUAUUUUCUACUUUAAUUGGGUUAAAUAAAGGGAAGGAAUAGCCUUCUGGGAAUCUUAUGUUCAGAGCAUUAUUGUUCUUAAGUAAAUUUUUUUCUCUCACUUUUUUUGAAUGAAUUAAUUUUGACUAUUAUAUUUUGUUGGGAUAUUCUAUUGACAUGUUUAAAAAGUAAUUUUAAGAGAAAAAUAUUUUAUGGAUAGGAAGAGAACAAUAGUUAAUAUUAAAAAGUAUUUUUUUCAGUUUAACUAACGAAAUUUUUGUCUGACAAAACAGUACAAAAACUUGUCGUUUUCAGUGAUUUUAACUAUGUCAGCUUGCUUUUCUGUUUAUUGGUUUUAAUCUGUAAUCCUUUUUACAUGGUUCCAAAAUGCACUGUUUCUAUAAAAUUCUAUUUUUUUUAUAACUUUUAAUUUCAGUGUUCGUCCUCGCAAUCAGGUUAGAAAUUAAGAAACUGAAAAGACUACAGUCCUCUAGUUAGAUCACCUGCCGCAGUUAUCCGAACUAUCGACUCGAUAAUGCUAAUCGAGAGGCCAGCUGCGUACGCCGCACUAUGCUCGGUGCCGCCACCAGUCGAUUCAUUUCAGUAUUCAGUACGCAAUUUCACACUACCGCGGGCGGACGUGUGGCCUGUAUUCUCAUAAGCCGGCACCAAAAUAUAUCUUGAAACCGUUUACGUGUCAAAUUGGAACACUGUCCUAAUUAUUUUUAUAAACGUAAAUACAAUUUACAAGUGUGGAAGUAUAAUUAAAUUUUGACUUUCUCGAAAACCUUGGUUGUGCUGACUGCGUUAUGCUUUCUUCUAUUGGAAUUUAAUUAUGUUCAACACUCAUACUACGAUAUUUAUUAAUAUGCCGUUUUAAAUUCAAAAUUGUGGUUUGAUACGUUUUUGUAAAUGAUCGUUGGUCAAUGGAAUAAUUUUAUAAAAUACCCGAGGUUAUUGCGUGCUUGUAAACGAGGUCUCGUAAAAUCGAUUCCAGUUCCAACUACGGUGCCGUACUCGUAGAUUUGUUUAUAUUUUAUAAAUAUUUUUCUUUUAUUAUCUUGAGGAUUAUUUAUAAACUUCUCUCAUAAUUCGUAAUAUGUAUACAGUUUCUGAAACUUAUACAAAACUGAAAUUACAAUCAUUCUUAUACUUUAUUAAUUUAAGAUUUGUUUUUAUUUUUUUUAUCACAAUUUCUAUACCAGAUUUCUUAAAACCAUAUUAUAAUUCCGUUGUAUUAGACCAAAUAUUCGUGAUCAUUAAAUGGAGGAAUAAGGUUGCAGUUUUUACUUUUGAAAUUUAAUAGAUUUGCUGAUUUCAUUCUUUUGUUUUAUUGAUUUCAAUAUAACAUUCAGAAGCGAAUAAAACCAAUUGUUCAACUCAAAUUAAUCUAUACUAUUGUGCUAAUACUAUACAGCAAUGUACUCUUAACAAAAUGAGAUAAAGAUCCGAAGAAAUAAAUGUUGAUUAAUUUUGUUGUUACAUUCUAGUGAUUAUUUGUCUCAAGUUAUUAAUACUACACAGUUGACUCAUUCAGCGCGUUUUAAUCACGAACAUCUAUCCGUAGUUAGAAGUCGGAACCAGUGUAAAUGGGUGAAAGUUUUAGUUUCGAAGCAAUGUAAUGUAAUGUUUUUUUUUUCUUAGGUAAUUUUACUUUUCUUCUUUAAAAAGACUAUUGAUACCAUUUCAAAAAAAAGAUAUUUUUUUGGAAAAUUCCAACCGCUUGAUUUUCUUAUUUUCAUUUUUCACAUAGAGAGAGAAGCGUUGGAGAGCCUUUAAGAUUCCCACGGUUGUAAAACAAGUCUGCAUCUCAGUUUAUAAUCCCAUAAAUCUUGUUUCAAUAAUCAUCUUAGGCUAGGUUUUCCGUCGUUGAUUUAUAGUUCAUCGCUAGUAGCUUCUGCAAUUCGUAUUGCUAAAUGAAAUCACUGGCUAUCGGUAAAGGUGCAGAAUGCUGUUGUAAUUCGCACGUCAGAUUAUCGCAUGACUUCCACCUAAGUAGUCACGCGUUCUUUACAUUCUUCCAGUAUUUUAGUAACCAUCUUCAUUGUCCAAUAAUUAUGUACAUACAUCACUGACAGCAAUUAUCAGUGUAAGUGUGUGAACGAUGCGGAUACUUUCAUUCUAACCUACAUACAGUAUUUUUAGUAAGUUGACAAUAUUGUCAACUAGAAUCUAGCGCUAACGCAUUGCGGCAUUGUUCAGUAUUUUUUUAUUAUUCGGUAUGUUUACAGCCAUUUCUUUUAUUUUACAUCUGACACGUGAAUUUUAAACGUCCUUCCAUCUAAUGCAUAAAAAAAUAACAUUGUAAUUUUUACUUAAACCUUUGUUUCCAUUCGAAAUACAUAUUUUUUAUGUGCAGAUAAGCUACUGUGCACGCUAUACUUAACCUCUAUUAAACUAACGCGAUUCAUGUAAACAAGAUAUACGAAAUUAACUGAUGCUGAUAUUGUAUGAUUUGCAUUGUUGUUAUGACUUAUGUUAGUAUGAUAUAAACAAAGAAGCCGUGUCUGUAUACUGUCAUCGAAUGAUCUAAAGGGAUCAACGACACGCCAACCGCGGAGUUGCGUAGGAGUUGAUCUAUUUUCACUCUUAGUUUAUAUUUCUAACUCGUUCUCUCACACGAGAAAUUAAUAAAGUCAUCUCUUACUGUUCUGAAAUUGUGCAACAAUUGGCACGGUAUUUAUUUUCCUGCGUCUGUCUGCCAAAAACACACGUGGAUGACCUGAUAUAGUUAACGUUUCUUUAAUGCAGUUCACGAUCCGUUUCUUUUUAUUGAUAUUCAUCGUAUACGAGGUUUUGUUUAGCCGACGCGUUUGAUGACUAUUUCUUGUUAAUGGUGUGUUUAUAUUGUGCAGUCGUGCGUAGCAACCACGAAGACGUUUAUAUUUGCCCUUCCAAGGUCGUCGAGAAAUAACUUUACCUUAAUUGAAACAUAUUUUCAUUUCAUAUUACAGUGCGUAGUGUUUACAGUUGUCGUCGAGGAAAGAUAUUUUUGUACGUUUUAAUUAAUUAGUAUUGAUAUAACGUGUGUGAUAGUAAUGUUGCUUGAUAAAUCGAUUUAAGUGAAAUGGAUUAGUCUUGAAUAGUUUUCCACCGAUUGUAUAAUGUCGAAAACUUUAAACGCAUACAGAAUAAAGAAGAUCGAGUCCCUGGGUAGGAUGACGGCGAUGACGCAGGAGGAGAUGGUGGCCGGCGCACGCACUGUGGCCGCCGGGCUCGAGGCUCUCAGGGCGGAGCACGCGCAGCUGCUGGCCGGACUCGCUGCCAACACGGACCACGAGCACGAGAAGGCGUCGCUCGUCAAGAAGAGCAUCGACGCCAUCGAGCUGGGCAUCGGUGAAGCGCAGGUGAUGAUGACCUUAGCCUCCCACCUCCAGUUGGUGGAGGCGGAGAAACAGAAGCUGCGCACACAAGUCCGCCGGCUGUGCCAGGAGAACGCGUGGCUGCGGGACGAACUCGCGGCUGCUCAACAGCGUCUGCAAGCCUCUGAGCAGAGGGUCGCUCAGUUGGAAGAGGAGAACAAACACCUGCAGUUUAUGGCAUCUAUUCGCAAAUACGACAGUGACGUGACCGAGGAGUCGGAGAGCGGCCGUAGUGGCCAAGGGGAGAGCAAGCGGGACGAUCCCAUGGUCGAUCUGUUCCCAGACGACGACCACGAAGACAACAGAAAUAACAAAUCAAUGUCACCAACCCCCCAAUCACAAUUCGCUCAGCAAGUGAACGCUGGCUACGAGAUUCCGGCCAGACUUCGGACUUUACACAACUUGGUCAUCCAAUACGCAUCUCAGGGGCGAUAUGAAGUAGCCGUUCCUCUAUGUAAGCAAGCGUUAGAAGAUCUGGAGAAAACCUCGGGCCACGACCACCCCGAUGUGGCCACCAUGCUCAAUAUAUUGGCUCUGGUUUAUAGGGACCAGAAUAAAUACAAGGAAGCGGCUAACCUAUUGAACGAUGCUUUAUCCAUCCGAGAGAAAACGCUGGGAGAGAAUCAUCCCGCCGUCGCUGCGACCCUCAACAACCUGGCUGUGCUUUAUGGCAAACGAGGCAAAUACCGCGAGGCCGAGCCGCUAUGCAAGCGUGCGUUGUGCAUCCGAGAAGCUGUUUUAGGCCGCGACCACCCCGAUGUCGCCAAACAACUGAACAAUCUAGCGCUGCUCUGUCAGAAUCAGAAUAAAUAUGAAGAAGUGGAGCAGUAUUAUCAGCGUGCGCUAGAGAUUUAUGAGAGUAAACUCGGCCCCGACGAUCCCAACGUCGCCAAGACGAAGAACAACCUCGCCUCUUGCUAUCUAAAACAGGGCAAGUACAAAGAAGCAGAAACACUGUACAAACAGGUGCUAACACGAGCUCACGAAAGGGAAUUCGGAACCAUCGACGAGUAUAUAGCGUCAUUAAAAAACCCCAAAAAAUAACAAACACCCCGCACCUACUAUAUUAUUUAAGUCUUCAAAUGAAGAGAUGCAGUUACUACAUUCCUUUUCCGUAACUUCAGUAACAGUUGCUAAAAUUUGCUCAAAAAAUGUGCAUUCAUAUUAAUGUUAAUCAAAGAAGGAAAUGCCAAACGUCGAAUGUUCUUUGUAAUGUAAAUUUUAUUUUUAUAUUAUCAAAAGUAAAUAUAAAUAUGCUGUAUUUUGGCUUGUGGAAAAAUAAAUAAGUAAUGAUAUGAUUGAAUAAGGAACUGUGAAAGCGAAAUGAAAGAUUUUAUCAGCCAGUACGAAGAAGGCCUAAAAAUUUACUUUUACAUUUAUGUGAUAUAUUUAAUCGGCCAACACAUAAAAGAAUCAUAUAAAAUUCUUAAAAACCUCUUAAGUGAUAGCAAUGAUAUUUGUUUGACAUUCAAUUUGCUAAAAUUAAUGGUGGCGGCAUUCUAUGUUUAUAAUGGUGUCAAUUCUGACAUGAUUCUCUAAACUUAAAACUAAAUUUAACAUCAGUCUCUCCUUUUCAUUCUGUAUAGAGAAUGACAAGGAUAUACUGCUGUCAAAUUUAAGUUUAGGUUUAGAGAAUCAUGCUAGAAUCGACACCAGUGAUUACGUAAAUAACAUUCAC